AUGCAGCCACCAAGGAGCACUCACGAUUUUGAACCUAGAUACAGGGAAAAUUCUUACUCGUAUGAUGUUAAGCGAGAUGUGUACAAUGAGGAGACCUUUCAACAGGAUUACAAAAGGAAGUCUGUCUCCUCUGGGAACUUGGACAUUGACAUCACCACCUUCCGACACCAUGUCCAGUGCAGCUGCUCAUGGGAAAAGUUCCUAAAUUGCAUGCUUACCAUCUUUCCCUUCCUACAGUGGAUGUGUUUCUAUCGAUUCAAGGAUUGGCUUCUUGGAGACUUACUUGCAGGUAUAAGUGUUGGCCUUGUGCAAAUUCCCCAAGUCCUGACGUUUAGUUUGCUGUCAAGGCAACUGAUCCCUCCUCUCAAUGUCUCAUAUGCAGCUUUCAGUUCUUCAGUAAUUUAUGUAAUUUUUGGAUCAUGUCAUCAAAUGUCUAUUGGUGCCUUCUUUCUUGUGAGCGCUCUGAUGAUUAAUGUCCUGACUCUGUACCCAUUCAACAGUGGCCACCUGGUCCUGGGAACUUUCCUCAAAGAGGACUUCUCUGACCCCCUCUUCUUCACGGCCUACAACCGAUCCCUGAGUGUGGUGGCAUCCACAACAUUUUUGACUGGGAUUAUUCAGCUAGUUAUGGGCAUGUUAGGUUUUGGCUUCAUAGCAACCUACCUUCCGGAGGCAGCAAUCAAUGCCUACCUGACUGCCGUGGGACUGCACAUCAUAGUGUCCCAGAUGACUUCCAUCCUCGGGAUUAUGAUUAGCUUCCACGCUGGUCCUAUCGCCUUCUUCUAUAACAUAUUUAACUACUGUAUGUCUCUCCCAAAAGCUAAUUCCACCAGCAUCCUGCUAUUUCUAACUGCUAUUGUCACUCUGAGAGUCAACAAAUGUAUCAGAAUCUCCUUCAAUCAGUACCCCCUUGAGUUUCCCAUGGAGGCUUUCCUGGUUGUUGGCUUCAGUGCACUUGCAAGCAAGAUCAGCAUUGCCACAGACACCGGCAAGACAUUCAUGGAUAUGAUUCCCUACAGCUUCCUGUUUCCUGUAAUGCCAAACUUGGACAAUCUUCGGGACGUUGUUUUAGAUGCUUUUUCCUUAGCUUUAGUGAGCUCUUCACUGCUUAUAUUUCUGGGCAAAAAGAUUGCCAAUUUCCAUAACUAUAAUGUCAAUUCCAACCAGGACUUAAUAGCCAUUGGCAUUUGCAAUGUCGUCAGCUCAUUUUUCAGAUCUUGUGUGUUCACUGGUGCUAUUAUCAGGACAGUGAUCCAGGAUAAAUCUGGAGGAAGACAACAGUUUGCAUCUCUGGUUGGAGCAGGCUUGAUGCUGCUCCUGAUGGUGAAGGUGGAAUCCUUUUUCUACGAACUGCCAAAUGCUGUGCUGGCUGGUAUUAUUGUGAGCAACGUCCUACCCUUCCUUGAAAAUAUUUACUACCUACCCAGUCUGUGGAGGCAGAGCCAAUAUGACUCUAUUAUUUGGAUGAUGACAUUCAUAGCUGCAAUUGUCCUGGGACUGGACAUCGGACUUCUUGUUUCAGUAUCCUUUGCCUUCUUCAUGAUCACCGUUCAGUCACACAGAACUAAGAUUCUCCUCCUGGGUCAGAUCCCUAACACCAACAUUUAUAGAAGCAUCCAUGACUAUCGGGAGAUCUUGACCUUUCCUGGGGUGAAAAUCUUCCAGUGCUGCAACUCCAUCACCUUUGUCAACGUGUACGACUUGAAGAACAAGCUGUUGGAGGAGGUUGAAAUGAUAUGCAUGCCUCUGAAAGAAGAAGAGGUGCACGGGCUGUUUACUAACAGUGGAGAUGGCCCGCGUGAAGGAAGGAUCUGUCAGUGUUACUGCGACUGUGAUGAACUGGAGCCGCCACCCAGGGUUGUUUACAUCGAGCGGUAUGAAACUAAACAGGACUCCCAUCCAUCCUCUAUGAGCCUGGUUCGCUGCACACGUAUGGACAGUGGGAACACGAGCCGAUAUUCAUCUGAUGAACAAAUACCCUACACAAUGUCUUCCACAUUUCAGAAAAAUCAAGGGCAAAGCUAUGAGGAUGUUUGGGUUCCUAUUAAACCUUCUAGAAACGUCUCGAGGCCACCGCCUGAUGCUUCUGGAAGUCAGGUCAGGACUAGAUCAGAAUCGUCUUUUGUACCCAGCACCCACACCGUCAUCCUGGAUUUCUCCAUGGUACAUUUUGUGGAUGCACAGGCUGUGGUCGUAUUAAGACAGAUGUGCAACGCCUUCCACAAUGCCAACAUUAUGGUGCUCAUUGCAGGGACUCACUCUUCUGUGGUCAAGGCCUUUGAGAGAAAUGAAUUCUUUGAUGCUGGCAUCACCAAGACCCAACUGUUCCUCACCCUCCAUGAUGCUGUGCUGUUUGCCUUGUCAAGGAAGUUUCCAGAGUCCUCCGAUUUAAGCGUGGAUGAAUCUGAGACAGUGAUACAGGAAACCUACUCAGAAACAGAUAAGGAUACAGCUAGAAGACCAAAAACAAGCAGCAGUAUUUUAGAAGGUCACAAAAAUGUAAGUUCCAGCUACGCCAGGAUGCAAAGGCCCAUACUAGAGGAGGACUCAGAUCUGGACCUAGAGAUGGAGCCCAUUCUGGAGUCAGACAAUGGGCUGGAUCAGGAUCUCGAGAUGGAGCGUGAGUCAGAGCUGGAACCUGAGUCUGAGCUGGAGCCGGAAACUGAGCCUGAGCCUGAACUGGAACCUGAACCCAAACCUGAGAAUGAGCUGGACCUGGAGUUCAAGCCCAAGCCUACACCCAAAUCCAUACCAAGGCCUCAGACUUAUCCUCGGCAGCAAUACUGGCCUCCCAACUCCCCAACUCAGAAUCAGCCUAGGACACGGUCAGUGGACAAGAGGCAUCCACAUAUGAUUCCAUAUUCAUCUCAGGAGAGUGACACUGAUGAUCCCUAAGAGAUGAACUGGGAAUAAGGGUCAGAUUCCCUUGACAAAUCCUCCCAUCCAGACAGGGUCGCUUGGUCAGAAGCCCUAGAGUAGUUCCAAACCAGCAGUACUUGCUUUGGGACUCCUCCACCUGCUGUCUUUCUUCCUUGCUCAGUGUGAUCUCACUCCCAGAUCACAAUGCUAAAUACCAAGAAUUGUCUCUGAAUUCCCUAUCCAGCUCACCUCAAUUCACCUUCAGCAGAUAUUCUAAUGAAAGAUUUCCUUCUUUGUACAUUCUGCACUUCUAGUGUUUUUAUCAGAUCAUCUCUAACUUACUCCCUUUCUCCAAAGAAAUGAGGCUCAA